CAUUAUCGUAAAUUAUUAUCCCAAAAUCGCAGCAAAAUAUGAUGAUAUCUACUAAUAUCAACGUAAUUCGCACAAUAUUUAAUUUCCUGAUUACAACGAGAAAUGCACAUAUCACAAUACAUUCCCUGAAUUCUCACGUUAGGAUGUAAAGCUCAAGCCUGAUCCGCAGCCACCGACACGAUCGUCGAUGAUCGCAAACGGAUGGCGGCCACUGACCAAUUCCUACGAGGAGACGAUCGGCACCAACGUGUCGCCAUCGAGCCACCUGGAGAAGAACAUCCAGGUGCAUCCCGUCCUGAGCAAGUUCCAGGAGCACAUGGCAACUUCGCAGAAGCUGAAGCCUUUGCGGAAGGGCAAGCCACCGGUCCAUGAGUACAGUCCGCCGAGUAUACUUGGCAGCUUUACGGUGUUCGGGCAUGCGGCGACGAAAGCACGUGGUGAAAUACCGCCGCACAAGCUAGUGGCGUCCGAAACCCGCGAGUACACGUUCCUGAUACCGCCGCCCAAGGACGCGCACCGUUUCGAGAUGAAUCAGCACCGCAAACCGAUCCUGCGCGACAACAGCAACUACCUGAGACAGCCGCAGUAUCCCACGCAGAACGCACGUCAACCAGUCGAUCCUGUGCGUACAGCGACCUACUUCAUCGCGUCCACCACGAACCCAUCGGAUCUCGCAAAUCACCCGAGCAACCGUCCCUACGUCCCGCCUUAUGCCAUGCCGCUGGCGUUGCAGCCACCCCGCCACCAGGCGAAGCCAUUCGAGUCGUUCAAGGUGUCCAACAACGCAAAACCGUACUUCCAGCCGCCCGGCGUCGACGUUCCGAGCGACUUUGGCAAGCAGAAGAUCGGCAACGACCGCGACGCCUACGACAGGUAUCAAGCGCAGUCCCACAGCGCGCAGAACUCGGCGAGCGGCAACUUUUAUAGCCAAGUGAAGCAUCCGCCCAACCACUUCAAGACUUCCUACGAGAGGGAUCCUGCCUUCCUGGUGCACGAGAGCCACGAGAUCAGCUACGUGACGCCGUCGGAUCCGUAUAAUGGGUACAACUUCCGGCCGUCGUUGCCGUAUGAGACUCUGCUGCCACCUGCGGUGUACAACACCCCCUCGUCAACGUCACCGUCCACCACUGCCGUCACGAGGAAUCCCGAUAAGUAUGAGCAAACAGAUAAGUACGAGCAAGUAGAGUACGACUACAAACGAACGGAUCAGAGGACACGGAACAAGCAGAAGGGACAUGGUCGAACGGAGUCGCCAGAUUCCCGCACCACCAGCACUUAUUACGUGUCGGAGCAUCAGGAUCUGACGCCGCCCACGUGGUCGACGGCGCCGAAGAGCAAGUACAAGUCCGACAUCAACGAGGUGCUGCCAAGGCAGAAUCCGCCGGCCAAGUUCAGCCAAGAAGUCGUGAAUCAGAAUCAGAUUACGCAAGUACCGAAGAUCCCGUAUCAGAACUCGCAGAACGUCUUCGAGCCCGUCGAGGUUUAUCAGCAGACAUCGAUACCGGAGUACGAGACACCUGAGAGCAUUUCGCUGAAACACUUUAACGAGCAACAAUUCCUGCUGCAGCAACAGUUGCUGCAACGCGAUCGGGAUGCGCUGGCGGAACAGGAGCGUCAGCAGAAAUUGGAGAUCGAACAGCGACGUCAAGAGGAGUUGAAGAAGCAGGAACAGCAGCAGGAGGAGCUGAAUCAGCUUGAGCAGCAGGACGAUGUGCCUAGAUUGACCGCGAACGCUGCGAGAAAUCAAUCACAGGAAACCGUAAAGCUCUCGAGCGACGUGCCGUACACGAUCCACAUGGCGCAUUUUGAACCGCACGUCACUACAGACGUUAAUUUCCUAUCCGAACCUGGCAUUUAUAACAUCCACCAGCUGAGACUUCAGCCUCAGAUACCCCAACUCCCGGAGAACCAAGUCAACCAGAACUAUCAGUACGAGCAGCAUUUCCAGAACGAGUACCAGGAGCAACAGGUCGAUUAUCGCGAUCCUCAAACCGAGACGCGGCCGUAUCGUCCGCAGAAACCGUCCCGCGAUCCGUACCGCCGCAAAAAGCCAACGACCGUUGCGUAUGAACUUUCGCCGACGGAGCCACCGAGUCAACCGCCGGAAACUUCCGUUCCCUUGACCUUCCAGGAGGAAGUGCCCAUUCAGACAACGAUAGCACCGGAAACGCAGACUUCGCCAGUGGUGACGACACAAAGACCAACGUCCAGAACCCGUCGUCCAGCUACCCCAGGUCGACGCAGGAAACCUUCGACGACCACGCAGGAACCCAUUACGGUGUCCCACGUGGAGGAAGACUUCCUUAAGUACAGCAGAGGUGAGGAAGUGCAGCAGAACCAAUAUGACUCUUCUCGUAGAAGACGAAUAAAGCCCACUGAAGCAAGUUACAACGAGGACAGCGUCACGGACAGACGAAGUAGUACCAGGAAACGACCCAGUCAUCGGAAUCGAGUGAACCACGACGAGCACUUCGACACGCGAGUCGUCACGGAGAAUGCGCACUCCUCGCUGAGUGUUUACGGACAGACUACGGAAUCGCCGCCGAGCUACGAUGAGAAUAGUCAAUUCGUGACGAAUCAGCCAGGCGUUUCAUACGGGGCGAAUCAACCUGGAGAACAAUACGUAACGAAUCAGCCAAUCAAUCAGUAUUAUGAUUAUUCGUCGCAGCAGAGCGACGGAUAUCGCGAUGGAUAUCGCGAGGAUAAUCGUGAAGCUCCUCGCGAGGAAGACAGCACCGUGCCAACUCAAGACGAAUACUUUACGGAGAUAAAUCGUGGCAGAGUCGAGGACUAUAACGUCGACACGCGUCUACAAAAUCCGAACGUCGUCACCAGCAUACCGUUGGAGGAGCUCUACGUAAAAACUGACGGUAAUUAUUACGACCGCGCGACCACCACCACGCCGAGCACGACGACGACAACGACAACUACUACUCCCCAACCGACAACGCAGGCUGCUCAGGUGAUCUCCUCGACUUUGAGGUCUCACAAGAUGCGCCCGUUGAGAUAUGGCAACACCACUAGGCCGCGCUUCAGCAUCAAGGACUACAAGACCCGCUUGGAUUAUAAGAGCAGAUUAUCCCAAGGCUCAUCGACGACGGAGGUUGCUCCAACACCAUCUGCCGAAGUGCCAACAGAGCCUCGACGAAGCCCUCACAUCAAACAUAGAACCCCGAGCGCGAAAGUUCAACAGCAGACGCAACAACCUGAUACCGUCAGAGAGACUACUGGCAGGUACAAAUAUGUCUCCAGGGUAAACUAUCGAACCACUACGUCGGCGACCCCGACGGUCACGAGGAACCACGAACGAUUUUCAGAGGAGAAGGAGAAGGAAGGCGUAUCCUCGACGACGGAGAAGAACAAGUUCGUGCCGAAGAGACGGCCGAUCAGUAGCAACGUUUAUCGCAGUAGGAUCGCUUCUACCACGACCAGUCCUACUCGAUCGCAGGUGAACAGCGAGGCGAGCAUCAGGCAGAGCUCGGCGCGGCCUGAGAACGUGUACUCGUCGUCGAUACGGCGACGACCGAUCUCGAGGACCAGGCUGCAGCCUCAUAAGGAACAGAGCCAUGAACAGCCCACGGAAAUGGCUGCUGAGGAAACCAGUUUCUACUCGUCUGUGACGGCCUCGUCGACCAGUCGUCUCGUCGGCAACGAGAUCGUCAGCGAGAAGGGAGAGGCCGCGACGCUCGACAGCCAUCCGGUGAAACUCGGCGUGCAGGAGAGCAAAAACCAGGGCCACCCGGUAGAGAUCACCACGCCUCACGGCGAUGACUUUAAGGUAACACCGGCCGAAGCGACGACGCCCGACAACGGGCAGGUUUCUAGCGACAUACCUGAGCAGAAUCGAGUCGCACGACCGGAAGUGGAUAGCAAGGUCGACGCGCCGCGUCAGGGAGAGUCGGCGGUCACUGCGGAGGCCACGACGAAGUUCGACGUGCCCUCCGACGAGGAGGAACUGUUCGCCAAGGCGUCGCAGAGCGUGGCGGACCUGACGAGCUCCGCGUCGGCUCUCUACGACAAGCCGGGUAUGUUCAAGGCGGUCUCGCCGGAGAGCAGGCUGGUCUCGUCGCACUUCAAGAUCACCACGGACGAACCGACGUUACCCAUCGAAGCCUUCUUCCAGGAGCUCUCGAAGAAGAAUUGAUGACGUAGAAUUGAUGAUUGAUCUGAUCUGUCGCGGGACAGAUUGUUGCUGAAUCACGCGAUCGAUAAUCUCAGCUAUGAAGAACGGCGAAAAAGAUUGCGCGGGAACUCGCGAAGCUUCGUCCUUUUAUCGUGGAACGAAACGCCACACAUUCGAUAUCCACGGUAAUACGUUCUGCGGGAAUUUAUGUUUCAAGAGAAAAGGAGGUACGUGGAAAAGUGCGUCGCGCGGAAGCUGUAAUUUUUCUUGAAGCAUCAGGUAGUUGGUCUCUACGUUAAACGCGAGAAAACGCUUCGAGAAACUGGCGAAACGCGUAUGUUACGUAUACGUAUACGGUCUCGUGUACUUAUUUCCGCUUUUAAAUCAUUGUCAUCGUCCUGUCACUUCCGUAGAGAAUUAAAACGGACGCAUCGAGCGUUCCCACGCACGAUCAUCAUUUCGAGCCUAUCUUUUUAUGUAGAUACUUAGAGAGAAACAAUUUUUAACGGUUAAACGUUAUACCAAAAAUGUAUUAAGUCCACGAAGAAGCGCCGCUGGUCGAGAAAGUUUCCAGAAGAACAGUUGCGCUUCUUCUCGUACUCGCAAAGCAAGUUCGGCGGGACACUGCGUGCUCAAUAUUUGUGGAAACGCAAAUUAUUUGAUCUACUACUGUCCUGCGUCCUGCAACAAUAUCCUUCGUAUACGUCUCUUUUUCAUCUCUGCGCUGUAUUGUUCAUAAAAAAAGGUAUUAAAUAUUUUACGAAUUAGACAAUGUAAUUAUGUAAUAAUUAGAGAUGCCCUAAUAGUAUAAUCAUGCGAACCAUACUAUUGUAUUUAUUUAAAGCAUGCGAUGUCAUUCUCUAAAUCAUUUCUCGCUGUUGUUCGUGAUGACGUCGGGAAAGAAAAGUUAACGCGAAUACUAGAAAGUAUUGUAAAUAUAUGUAUACGUAGCCUUGCAAUAUCUUCUGGGCGGAACAUUCCUUCAAAAGUUUUAAGGAAAAAGGAUUAUUUUAACCUGCCACACAUAUUGCUUGGAAAGUAGAAGAAAAAUAAUUGCUACGAAAACUGUUGCAAUAUAUCUAUAUAUCUGCUAUAUAUCUUCAAAACUUUAUCGAAAACCAAUAUUUUUAAAUGAUCGAAGAUAAUUGUUUCUUUUCUAAAAAAAACUCUGGUGGGACACAUUGUGAAUUAUAAUAAGCAGCGCAAACAUUUUGUAACAAAAUCAAUAUCCGCCCAGUAUAUUCUAUAUUUAUAAGUACCGUGCGUUUUGGUAUAACUUAAUACUUUUAUAUUAAAAACAAAUUUAAGAUCAUCGUUGUAUCUCGCUGAAUGAUACAAUAUUAUCAGCUGAUUAAUAAAAAUUCAUUCUACAUAAGCAUAUAAUCCAUGUAUAAGUUCACUUUUUUUAAAUACAAAUAUAACAAAUGUUGCGUAAUAAUUGCGUAAAAAUAUAACUAAUGUUGCGUAAUAGCUCGGUGCGCAUUUAACGAUCGCAAUGCGAUCAAUAUGCAAUGUUUAUUGUUCUUACGUUAUUUAUGUAUUCAAUAUAAUCAUUUUAUUUUGUAAAUAAAUAGGUCAGAAUAUAUGAGAUACCACAGUGUACAAUAAAGGGACCCUUAUAUUAUUUAAAAUCAUAGAAAAAUGACUAGAGAUAAAGGGGAUAUUUCGAACUAUGGAAGGAAGGAUCAUGCACUUCAGUGAAGAAAACAUCAACUCGAAACAUCGUAUGAUCAUCAUUUGAUUUAAUAAUUCGUUUAAUAUCGUUCAACCCUAUAUUUGAAUUACGGCGAAUGGUUACAUACGUACGAUCGUAAACAAGUAAAAUACUAUGUCAAAAUACCAUCGCAACGCAAGAGCCAAGUUCUCCGAGUUCUUCACGGAGAUCUUAAAGAGAAACAUGAUGUUACGCUAUAAAGGUACAAAUCUUUCCUGCGGAACGCCAAUCUAUCCUCUGAUUCCUGAUGAGUCUGAUAACGUGUCGAAUCCAGAAUCUAGCAGUUCCGUCCGAUCCACACAAAGCAGAAUUAUUUCCUAGAAGAACAAUUAAACCCGGCUAAAGGAAGAAUACCGACGCGCAAUAUGGUACAAUAUGCACUUGAGUGGAGUUUUCCGUGAUUUAUCACGUCCCGAGGCGAAAAGCAUCGAAAAUAUAGAAUGUAUUCUGCGAUACGAGCGUCCUAGAUACGGUAUACUCGUCGAAGGCAAGCUGUAAUUAAUUAAUUAACGAACGAGACAGUACUUUACGUCCCGAUACACCGUUGCUGCGGGGGUGUCUCCCGACACGUCGACGAAAUCAAAUUACGCAUCCCUGCCCUUUCGCCGAUUACAUAGGCCUACGGAUAUUACUUCGCACGUAUCUAAUUUAGAAUUAUGCACAGGCCAUACAUUUUCACAUUUAUAUGUACCGACUAUACGCGUACUUAUAUAUCACACGUACUUAUGCACACCUACGGUACGUAAUGCCGGCUGAAGUUCCGUGUACAUCGUAAAACUUCGUAUAAUUGACAGUUAAAGUGUUUUACAGUAACUCGAGAGAGGUACAUACACAGUUCCCUUCGCGUAUAUAUACAAUAUAUGGUAUCAAACUAUGAGACCAAGUAUAUAGGCACACACACGUACACUAAAAAAUAUAUAUAUAUACGAGUAUAUAUAUAUGUAUAUGUACACACUACCAGCUAUAGCUGCGCCGAGUGAGCAAAAAACAUGGACGUAGCGGCUAAUUCGCGCACGCAUAUUGAUAUAAUCGCAAAUACCAAGCUGAAGAUUCAUAUAUAUAUGUACGUAUUCGAUAUACAGGAAACAGCCAACAGAGUGACGAAAUGUAGUAUAGCGAUUAAGUUUGCUGAUAUAAUUAUCGAUAAAAUCAAUCUGCUUCUUACAAAUAUAACAGUGUUUCGAAAGAAUCUAAAUUAUUUUGACGAAAAUGAGAUAAUAAUGUUAUCUUUUUUUGAGAGAAAGUUUUUGACAGUGUCUCGAGAUUAAUGAAUGAUAUUUAUUUAAUAUUGAUGAUGAGUAAUUAUUAUUAGGCUUUAUAUGACGGAUUGGAAGAAAAGCAUUAGUCUUGAUUACUCCGUGCGCGCGCGAAAGCGAUAAUUAGUUUUCGGAUACAGAGCGUGAAUCGCUACGUCAGACAUUUAUCAACGCGUGCAUUUAAUCUGCUCAGAAUGUGACGAAAAAUAUAUAUAUGCACGUAUAUAUACUUGCGAGUGAAAAUGAACGCAAAGAUGCGUUUACUUAUUCGAAGCGAGUUUAGAAUAUUAAUCGCUUUAAAACUUCGUCGUGUAACCUCCGUGUCUUUGCCUCCCUGGGAGGAACCAUUAAUAUUCUAAGAGGCGGAGAAAGACAAAAGUGCACUAAGCCAAAGUGUGAAACGCGGAACUUAAAGGCACCUUUAUGUGUUAAAGAUUAAUUAUUACGAGCAGAAUAAUCGGACUUUUUUCUAUAGGAUGGCUAGGUUGAUUUUCUCAAAGAAGCAAACGUGGUUUUUAAAUUCAAGAACUUGUUUUACUUGGAAACCAUUUAUCAGGCUAGUUGGAUGAAAAUGUUGCCUUUCUUGCAGAAAUUCUAAUAUAUAAUCCAGCUCUGCUAUGCCGAAUAGAGAAAUGGAAUGAAAUAAGUUUCGUUAUUAAUAAGUGAAGAACGAAAAUUUUAUUUUUCAUUUUCUCUAAAUAAGCUCUGUGAUUCUGUAUACAACUGCUACGGGAUAUCGUUAUCCGCAUUGCAUUGUAUACAAUUUUCGUGGUAUCAUUAUAAUUUCGCAUGCGUACGCUUUUAAAAUAAAUGUAUCUCAACAGCGGUUUAAUCGGAUGACGAUUCUAUUACACGUAAAGGGCAGCAAGCGUAUAAACGACCGCACGAUGCACAUUGUUUUAAUAUUCUGGCAUUACAGAGGAAAGAUGUGAGAACAAAGCUCGACCAGACGAUUAAUUCUCCUAGUAGCUAGUCUAGUCGAAGUGUUCUACGCGAUGCGGCCACGGAUCACUGCGUUUUUUUUACGCGCAUCGCUCGUAUUUUAGUAAAAAUAUAAAAAAGAUAGCCUUGUCUCGUGUGAGAAUAAAAACGGUAGUUUUAAAACGUACUAGAAAAGGAAGUUGCAGUGCCACGUGUGUGUAUAUAAAUACGCAUAUAUAAUAUAUGUAUGUAUAUGAUUUACGGAAAUAUUUCGUACGAUAAAUUUUUUUUUUAGACAGUGGUACGUGUUACAUAGCUCAAGCUGAUAUCGGUAUUUCCCUAUUUACGCCUAUUAGCGAUUAACCGAUCGGCCUACCCGAUUUGCAACACAUUUCGCGCUCGAGUGCAUCCAUCUUCGUUACCGGGAAAAUUUGCAAGUCAUCAGGCUCGUACGUAUAACUUGCACAUAGCACUAGUAAUGCGUUCCUUCGAUUGAAGCGGAUAAUGUAACGUCGUCUUACAAAUGUAGAUAGAAGCACCAUAGAAUGAUAUAUUACUAUCGUAUAUUAUAUGGAAUUAUAUACAGCAAUAUAAUAAUAUAUAGAAUAUAUUCAAAUUUAAUAUUAAAUAUGAUUUUAAACGAUAUAUAUAUAUGUAUAUGUAUAGUUAAAGUGAUCAUAUCGAUAGUAAAGUAAGGUAAGAGCAACAAUGCACGAUUUCGCACGAAAUCGUGAGAAUAUGCAGAUUUAUAAAAUUUUCAUCUUUAACAAUUAUUUAGGAUUCUUUUUCACACGCGUUCUGUUAUGCACGAUGCGCGAGUAUCUUUAUUCAAAAUUCGGAAUUUCUAAACAUAUAGCAUAUUUCAAAGAUUAAAAUUUACAAUUGACAACUUUCUUAUCCUCGCACAUCCAUCAAUUUACUAAUGUUCGAUAAAUUUUGACAACGUUUUUCAUAUCAUACAUCUAGAACACCGAAUUCUUAUCACUUGCGGACAGUGUCAUUUAUUUCAUUUAUUUCUGUCAUUCGCGUGUCCGUCAGCUUGUCGCAAGCGUACUCGACAUACAAUUUGAUACACCAUACUGGUGCUAUACACAUCGAAGCGAAUCUUUCAGCCCGGUAACCAUCGCUUUUUCACACGUCGCCGCUUCAAUCGUGGAAAUGGCUUUUCACGAAAGGGACCAACAGGAAGCGGUUCGAUCGGCCGAUUGGUUAACGCGAUGUACUUAUAACACUUUCAAGCGGGUCUUCCUAUGCUACGACCCUUUUUAGAAUUUUCACAUGUGGCUUUGAGACGUUGGUCCACUUAGUUUAGUACGUUAUUAUCACUUUUUGUAAUGUACGGUGCAGCGUGAGUCGCGCGGUUUGCGGACGCACGCACGAACGGGUGUGAAGUCUAGAAUAACAUCGAUCUCUCGCCGCGAUCGCAAAUGUAUGGUAAUCGAGAAUCGGAAACCGACAUUAAUUCCGAUCGGUACUUUAUAAUCCUCUCGUCACGUAUGUACUCUCUCAACCGUAUCUCUGUGUGAAAUACAUACAUAUGAAGCGAUAUAAUCCAAUACAUUAAUCGUAUUAGCGCGGCUGUUUUUCAAUCCGACUCCGAGAGCGGAUUAUUUAAUGACGAAUCCACUCUCGUUCUCUAAGAUAAUAAAUCGCGGAUACGUGUGCAAGCGCAAAUCUUUCAGCUGCAAAACUAUCCGGGAGAUGUAGAGAAUUUUCCAUUGCUGGAGAAAAUUCGACGGUACAAUUCCGUUAAAAGUUCCGAAGGAAUUAAUGUAUUCCAAAAUACGUAAUAAAGCAUACGUGUUGCUAUGACAAUUAAUUAUACCGAUUACACGACCGCUUCAGGGGUGAUCGAAGUUAGAUCAUCAAUCAUAGACGGAGGAACGUCGAUUUUCCGAUUCUCGUGAAUGGAUGAUACCGAAACGCGAGCCGUAUUUUUCUCGGCGAGUUUCGCCGAGUCGAUAGCGUUCGUUGUUCCCGCUUGAAAUGAAUUCGUCGCUCCUUAAUUCGUGCCAGAAACGUCGGAAGUUCGUUAAUCACGCCUAUCUGAUCUCGAAGAGAACGGCCGACGGUAUAUAAUCGGUCGGCUUUCGUCCUUCUUACGUCGCUAGAUAGUCCGGAGGACGCUUUUGUGCCAGGACAGCGCACAGGACGUCAUUAACGAACAGCAAUUACUUCUCGAGAGAUAAUGACGCCACGACACCGCGACGUUGACCGACGCUCGUCGGCCCGCAAAAAUGCGAUGCGCUCCGCGCACAAAUGCGAAUGCCAUUGAAAUGGAUGCCGGAGUAUGGAAACGCGUCGCAAAUAUUAAUCGCGUAUCGAUUAGUCGCGUUUUUCGUGCGUGAUAUUAACUCAUCGCUCGUGCGGAUGUAAUGGAUCACGUUCGGAACAUUCGCGAAAUAAAAGCGGCGUUUAACCAACGCGCAACGCCGCGCAGAUUCGAAAAUAUUAAAUAAAAUUUCUAUUAGAUUACUGUCACUGAAAAAUAAAUGCAAGUUGCAUGUACAAAGAGAGCGAUAUUAUGAUUUUUAAUAAAUUACAAAGCCGUGCCGCGUAUCUGAUAUAUGAUGUAAAAGCUUUUACGUGAAACACGUGUGUGGUUUGUUCUUGUUAUCGAUUACAUAUGUCAGCUACACAUUAAUUAUCGUGACAAAGUUGAAAAUAAAAUUUUCACGACUUGACAAGUCACGUGUUUACCUUUUAAAAAAUCAUACUGGGUCGAUCAUCGUUGUAUCAAUUGCAAAAAUAAGAAUCACGUGCUGUGUUACACGUUAAAUGCAUGAGAUAUUGAACGGACUGUGUCAAUGUGCGUAGUUAUGUAAUUAAAAUGGAAACAAAAGACAUCAAAGCACAUGAUUAUACAUAAUCGCCAAGUUCUCCAAUCGAGAAAUGAAAUGAUGUUAAUCGCUUGAUGAUGAAUCGGUGAGUGCAGCAGCAUCGUCCUGAUGCGACGAUGAUGCGCACGAUGUGAAUCGUUGUCGUUGUUCGUUUCGGAUGCGUGAUUUCCCUAACUCUAAGUUCGUUUUAGAAACAGGCCGCGAUUUACCGCGCGAUAUCAUAAGACGCGAUCGAGAGACGCAGCUUUUGGCACUCCCAAAGGGGCGAGAAGUUUCCUGCUAUUUCUCACUGUCUGAGAUGCUCAGUAUUCCAGAGCCUUUCACCUCGAUUUACUUUCCUUCGCGAGAGUCUGACGUUUCUAAAUGUGGUCCAGUACUUACUGAACUUGCUACGAGUGGGCUACGAGUGGGCUCGUACGGCAAAAGCAUAGACCCGUCGUUUAAAGCGUGAAAAGCACCUCUUAGAAUGUACGUAUGAACGAUGUAUGCAUGCCUAGAUGUAUUCUGUAAUGGCAUUUAAGCCCCACUACUGCGCACCUCUUUCAUUUCGACACGCGACAUUUCCUCCGUCGAGUGUCGUUCAUCAUUAAAUGGGCAAUCACGAGCGUGUUCCUUUGAAAUUAAAAUUAUAGCUAGUUUCGUUUGCAAAGAUGUGAAACCGAACGUGAAACCGAGUAAUGGACCGAUAAAAUGAUUUUCAUGCAACAAGAUAAAAUCGUUUCGAAGUCUUUACGGAAAAAAGGGCUAGACAGACGGAAAAGAGGACGAUUUCGGAGAUAGAUAUCCUUCCGAAGGCAAUAAUAAAUGGAAAAUUUAUUGUAUCGGCCAUAUCCCGUGCUCACGUAAACUCGCAUUGUAAACUGAAACUAUUCGAGCCGGUCAUGCAUGAAAUAUUGCUCUAAUCUUAUCUGUGUCUAUAAAGCGUUACGUAUACAAAGUACGAAACUUUUUUACGAUAUUCCGUACUGCAAACCUAUCUAUGUAAAACGCCAUGUGCCUCGCGUGUAUGUGUACGCGGUGUAUGCGGUGCGCAGUGGAGAGUUAAAAUACGCAUGGUAAUUGCGCGCGUCUGAUCGUGAAAUUUACAAGCAUGCGGAGGUUUACCUCGAGCUAUAUCUUUUUACAGAUGAAAAAUUCAAGCGUGCCGCUAAAGUCGCGGUUUAUUAACUAUUUUCGCCGCGUUCGGCGUUACACCGGGUGCAAAGUGGUCAAACACCACGCGGACAAAAAUCUCGGUUUGCACGGUUACGUGGCCCGCGCGAGAGAACAGUUACGUAAAUUCCGAACAGCGUAACGGCGAUUAAUCGAACCGUUCCAUUCCGUUCCACGUGAAAUGUCGCAGGCAUUAGGCACGAAGCGUUGCUUGCAUUUCUUAUCUCCCGUCUCCGAUUUGUCACGCGUGUUUUACGUGUCUCAUAGUACACUUCCGAUCUCGUUUCAUUCGUGAGUUUUUUACUCGGAUAGUCGCGGCAAGUCCAAUUCGGAAAAUCUUACUAAAAUUGAGACGUCUCCUCGGCGCAAUAUCCGCGUUUCCGAAAAGGGAACUCGUUACGCUCGCGAGCUGAACUUACACCGUUCUCCAGAUAAGCGGCUUACGUAUUGCGCGAUCAUAUUGCUAACGUUCUACGGGAAACCUUUAACCGUGCAAACAGAAUUCCAUUUCCGGCGCGAAGAUGCAUAUUUCGCAGCGACAGAGCCGCGACGGAGAACGCAACGCCACAGCAACGAGCGAGCGAGCGUAUUUCACCCUCGUGUCGGCAGAUGAGAGAUCCGGAUGCCCGCCGGUUCGUUAACGGUGGCAUUCUGUGAGUGCAUACCUUCACGGAUCGUUCCCGUCACGGUCUCUAACUCGGUGGCGGUUUUGCCAUUUUGCUAGCGAAACUUUGGGUUCGCGCGCGUGUCGUUCCCGACGAUCGAAAUUAGGGGCGAUCCCGCGCGCGAGACUUGCGCGCUCGCAAGAAAGAACCGCUUGUUGAGAGCGCGAGGAAAACUUCCGGACCAGGCAACUAACAACGACAAGCCCCCCCUCCGGACGAGGUACCUCUUUCAGCCCUCCCAUGGACCCCAGAACGACGAUCUUCUUUCGACGACUACGUUUUGUCGCAAUUACUGCGUAACGAUGGCGAGCGCUGCAGCCGCUCGUCGUUCGCCGUUGCUCGAUUUAAUCGGGAGAUUCGCGAGUACGCGGCCGACCUACAUCUCGGAUUCCCUUUUGCCUCUGUUACCCUUAUCGUUUGUUUUCGCGAAAGGAGCGUCUUUGCUCGUCAUUGUCGUGGUAAUCUGCAAAUGUAUGACUACCUUCGUUAUCGGUUCGUCUCGUACUCAUUUCACAGACUCCCGUCACGAUUCGGCCGUCCUCAAUUAAACUUUGGCGGAGAUAACUCUGCGCCGAAUUCAUAUUUAGAUCCUCUGUUAAUCCUGCAAGAAAGCAGUCAAUCGGCGCGACGAGUUCACGAUGGAAAUUACGAUAGAAAUUUGUAAACUGUCUUCUCCGAAGAUACCGAACGAUCCUAAAUAAGCCUCCUAUUGUGCGAACUUGUCUCGUCACUUGUUGUGACGGCGUCGUAUUGCGCAAUAUUACUUAAUCCCUUUCGUUUGUGGAGGAUCAGGUUCGUUUGAACGGAAGAAGAUGUAAAAGAAACGUACAUAUAAUCGGAUCGCACAAAAUUAGAUUGGAUCUCACUAUAAUUCGAGAUGUUACAAAGUCCCCGCUCGGCGUUCUCCCGCUAAUCGAACUGCGAUUCGAAUCGCAACAAAGUCAGUCUGCGGUUGUCAGUCUACGUGUUUGCUUUUAUUUCCUUUUGUGUGUGCGGAGUUCGAAAGCAUUGCGAUCGUCGCAGACACUCGUUCGCCAUUACCGGACAAAUCGAAAGAUCUCAAUCGCGAAUCGGAGUGACCUACAUCUCUAAAAAUUUCAUCUUAUCUAUCGAAUUUUAUUUCCUGCCUCGCUUGAUGCGAUCGGAAGUGAGGAGAAAGGUUAUUAAAAUCAAUAUGCAUGAUACGAUUAUGCCUGUAUAAGAGCUCCCCGUGAUAACCACCGUGAGCAUUGCUCCCUCCCUCGAUAAAUCAGCCGAGACUAUAAUCGAGCCAAGCAAUUUGUAUCCCCAAUCUAUCAUAUCCCCUUUCUUUUACACUCCGCCGCUCUCCCUUUGAGGCAAACUCAACGAGGAUAAUACAGAAAAUAAUGUAUUUGGAUACAUUUAUUAUACAAGACCGUGUCAUUAAGAUUCUUUGGGGAUGGCUCGAUUUAAAUGGCAAUUUCUGUUAACUUGUAUUAUUCGGUAAUCAUAUUUUUUCUCAGAUUUUUAUUGGUCUUUAUUGAUUUUUACUUAAUCCUCCAUGUGUUUCAGAGAAUUGACCCCGUUCUACAAGCAAAUGGUACAUAUUCCAUUUCAUAAUUCUUUUUAUAAUUCAUAACAUGCAACUGAAGGUAAACCAAAUCAAACUGAAGCAAAACUAGAGUACACGAAUGUUUGAAAUGCAGAUUCGCUUUCGCUUUAUGAAAUACGAGGAGAAUGAAUGUUUUCUUUAAUUCUAACUUUAGCAAGUUUAAAAAUUUUCAAUUUUCGUUUUAACUCGCGGCUCGGUUAUGUGACAUUUAAACAUUCUCCAACGUAAUUUCGAAACCCGAUGUGACGCGCUAAUGCAGUUACGCACGUUACAUUUGCGCGAGGGACCACCUCAUUUUUAUACAUCAGAAAUUUUCCGCUCGAAAUCGGCGUUCUUCGAGGGCUAUAAAAAUGGAUUUGUCCCCUAAUGGGAACUAAUGGGCUCGGUUUCAGGUGGAAGGUUACGGGUGUCAGGCGGAAUGAGUGAUCGCACAUCAUCGCUCGCGCGGACGCGACCCGCCUCGCGGAAGAUUUCCGGAGGUCUUCUUGGUCCAGACAUCGGAGGCUGUGCAGUCGAUGCGGAACGCGCACUGUCCGAGCGUAUUCGGCGAGCGUACGCGCGCGUACACCGGGGACGACGCUGCUGUCCGCGGUGAUUUACGAAGCUCGCGAGCUUGCGCCAGCCAACCAGCCAGUCGGCUGGCCUGCACGUUACAUUUUCACAUCCCCUUGCGCGGAUACGCGCGCACGACGACGACGACGAUCGCGCCAGGGGAUGUCCGGUUCGCGCGCCGCAUCGUCCGCUAUAAUUCACAUCGCCUGCGAGAAACGCCGCCGGAAUCUUCAUCAGCGGAAGAAUUGCAAUAGCGGAUCUGGGUUGUUAACUCUUUCGGUACCAUUGGAACAUUUUGUGCUACACGCUCGACGAUUUCUGCCGGACAAGUAAGUUGAAAAUGUCAAACUUGAGUUAGAGAUAUGUCGAUAAUGAGGAAGAAAAAAUUAUUAUUUUUCGAGAUUUGAUGAAAGUCCUAAGUUUUCACGAUACUUGAUUAUUUUAGAUUCUCAUCGCAAAAGAGAAACAUUUGUCCACAUGCCAGACGUUUUACUUUAAAGGCUCGAGACUGUCGUCGUAAAUUUUAGCGGAAUUCUUGUUGGGCGCGGGUAAUUUUUUGCCCUUUGAGAUCGUCGAGCGCGUCUGUCGGAGUACAUCAAAAUUCAAUUAAUCGAUCAACCAGCGUGUGCACGCGUCCGCGAGCGACAGAUAAAAUAAACGUGCGGCGCAGUAGGCUGUGGAGAGCUUCUGGGUUAAUUAGUCUGUCAAUGCGACCCGCUCGUCUCAUACGGGCACAAAAUGCGAGAGGAAAAAAAAGUCGGGACAGUUGAUUCGAUAGCGAUCGCGUCCAUCCUGGAUGACGUGAUGUAUCGCGUGCUACUGUCGUCCGCCACGCUUUGACAUCUGCAUCUUGUUCGUUGCUUCGUUACGUCACGAGAAUGCAUCCGUAUGUACAAGAGGACCGUUCGACGUAGCAUUCUUCGAGUUCUCCGUGAAAACUGAGAGUGCGAUUAUUAGCAAAGCCGCGAUUUACCGCGGUUUCUUUCGCGAAAAAUGUUCUCGCGAUACUAAUCACUUACCGGCGCUAAGCAAUGCAAAAACUUUCGGAAAUCCAGUGUUAUUUCCAACCGACUGAUUUAGUGGACUUUACAUGUGAGUUUUCAUCGACUUUGAAUAUCGCCUUUCUUUAGAAAGUUCUCGCGGCCGGUUUUAGUAUCGUGUCAAAUGCUAGUAACGCGACCUCGUUUAUUAAUUCGCAGUAGAUUUUCGUAAUUGCGUCUCAUACAUAACUCGAUAUCGAGAAACUCGAGCAACAAGAACCGGUUAAGAUAUGCUAAAUAAUUAGCUGAAAAGGUGAAAUUUUCGCACAGUCUAACUAGAAAAGUGUCUAUUUAGAUAGAGAAAUUCUCUGUCUUGCUUUUUUCGUCUUGGCGGCACGCAUUUAAUGCUCAAUUUGCAUUCAUCUUGUUACUUCAUGCGUAUAUAUCCCACGAUUAUCCGACAUUUAUGUCGUAAGAAUCUGGAUUCUGGAUUGAGCGGCUCAUAUCCGCGUCUGAAAGCAUCGCUCACGUUUGAAUUUUUUCGCUAACCGGAUUUCAACGCCGUACUCACCGCCAAUAAAACCGUGUAGCGGAAACUAUGAUCGUACGAGUUAUCUUGCAAACAUGAUUCAUGCUUUCUGCACGAAUAUAGUGUAUUCAUAGAAGCAUAUUAUCGCUGUUGCAGUAACUUUAUUGGGAACCAAUCAAGUAUCAUGUGUACAGUUUGUGUUCAGUUAUGUUAUCAAUUUAUAAAAUCUGUAAAUCUUAAACAAUUAAUUAAAACAACUAAUUACUUUAC